AUGUCUCACAAAUAUCAAAAGGAUUUUUCAUUUCCACCAAAAUUUCAAGAAACGUUGAGAGAUUUUACUCGGGAAGUACUGAGAGUUCAACCUUCAAAUAUUUAUCGGUUCGGAUACGAUUAUUUUACGAAAUUGGCCAAGGAAAUGGAGAUGAAACAGCAACAGGAAGCAUUCAGCACUGCUGAAAGCAACGUGACUCAAGCUUCAAAAGUUGGAGGGUACCUCAAUAGCCAAUCAUCCACUUCGGAAGAAGAGGAAGAAGAUAUGGAUGAAUAUAAGGUUGUACAUACGUCUAGUCAUGCUUCCUCAAAUCCACAAAAACCAAUCUCAGUCAAAGCACAAGAGAGGUUCACCUCCGAUGAAGAUGAAGAAGAAAUUGAAAGUACCGAAGAGGAACAGAAUACAGAGGAAGAGGAAGUGGGUGAAGGAUCUCAAAAUGAAAGCUUCCAAAAUCAAUCAUUUGAGGGUGACAUUACACAAUUUCUUGCCACCAUUUCUGAUCAAGAAUUACUGAAUAUUUUGUACUCACAUUAUAGUUCGUUCGGCUAUGAUGCUUUACCUGCAAGCGCUGUGAAGGAGGAACUCAAGAAAAUUUUCAAUUAUCAAUUGCCUGACACGAUGGUCGCUUUUUGUAUGGCUGAAUCGGAUGUCGCAGAUGACUCAACGGUCGAAAUUGCACCAUUUUGUCAAAGAAUUACUAAUGUUUUGAAAAUCGUUGUGGGAGGUGAGGAAGGACCAUUAGGUUAUUCAGACGAAAGCAACUCUAUCCAUCAAUCUUUCUUGUCGCCCAUUGUUGUCAAUGAUGUCGAUGUGGUACAUGGGUUGAGCAAAUUAGAACUUCAAGAGGAACUAAAGGCCUUAUUUGAGAGAGCUGAUGAAGGUCAUACUGGUGCCUUGUCUUUCGGUAAAUUCAAACGAGAAUUGCAAGAGGCAGAGCUUGAUUUGUCGAGAAGAGAAAUUAAUCUUUUGCUUUCUGAGGCUGAAUUGGAUGAACAUGGACAGGUGGUUUAUGAGAAAAUUAUUUCCAAAGCUCAUUCUAUUCUGUUUUCGGCAUUCAUUUUCGACGAAUUUUGUGCAUCAGUUGAGCUAAGUUUUUGA